AUGAAGGUAAUUCAAGCGGUGUUUGUUUACACCACUCUCGUAAACGCGUGUGUCAUUGCACGUGGUGGGCGUGGUGGCGGUUCUCGCGGGGGACGCGGCAGGAGUUCUAGUCGCUCAUCACAUGGUUCCCACGGAUUACGCAGCUCGCAUGGUUAUCAUCACGUGACGUCACGUCACUCUCACUAUAGAUAUUAUCCACCGAAGCAAAUCCACUACACUUGCCGUCACUGCUUGUCAACAGCAUCGUACCCCGUGUACAGGCACCAGCUGCCGAACUACGUGUAUGUGUACAAGGAAUCUAGAGGCAGAAACAACCAACUACUCACCGGUCUCGCUAUUUAUAACUUGGGACGAUCGACAAAAGGAUCACACUCAGGUAGUGGAACACGCUAUUCAGGUUAUCAACGUGAAAAAUGUUCCCUGCAAGUCAUCGAGAAUCAUUAUUUUGAAGAGACAGAAUUCCCAUGUUUUAUGAUAUCAUCAUUUACAGAAUCAUCUCCUAAUAACAACCUCAAUACUAUUGACAUAACCUCAUCGGAGAUUAAGGUAAAGCCUGACCUAUAUGAUGGAAGUACAUUACAAGUGACAGAGGACCAGGAGUGUGUUUUAUGGCGUAAUAUAUCAACCCGCAACGAGAGGCAUUCAGUACCGUGUGAGUUAUUGAAAAAAUAUGCGGAUACAGUGCAGCCUUCUUUAGUGGAACCGUUAAUGUAUGUUUUCAUACCGAUCUUUGGGACUGGUAUAAUGGUUAUUCUGUGUUAUUAUGUCUGUACAACAAAACAAAAGUGA